AUGGAGGACAAGAUCUAUCCUACUGUAAAGUGUUUCAAGGAAGCAAAAAUACUUCUUGUGGCCUUUCAAAAUACUUUCUGUGGUCUCUUCUUCUCCAUGAAGUGGAAUGAAGAAAAAGAUCACCCAUUUUGUUCUAAAAAGGCCACGAAUAGGAUCCUUGGUGGCCUGCAAGCCAAUGACUACUUCAGCAUCACCAUCUUUUCUGAAAUGGUUAGUGUCUGGAAAUCUGGAGGCUCCAUCCAGGCCACCAUCAAGAAUGUCCACAGUGCCAAGGACUAACUGGAUCACAUGGAAGGUGAUGGUUGGACCAACAUCAGUGCAGCUCUGCUGGAAGUUGUUUCAGCGCUAAACCAUAGCAACAAAGAGGCUUGGUGGGGCCCCAAUGUGGGGAGAAAUCUUUCUCAUCGUCUUUCUGAUAGAUGAGGAGCCAAUGUGAUGACCCCCAGUGUGAUCCUUUCCAACAUCUGUCAGGCGCCGGGCCACAGGAUGUCCCUUUUCAAUUUGGCCUUUGAGGAAGGUGACUUCCCCCUGCUGUGUUACCUAUCCCUGGAGAAUUGGGGAGCAGCUCAGUGCAUAUACAAGAACACUGAUGCAGCCUUACAGCUGGAGGGCCUCUAUGAGGAGAUCUCCAUGCCUUUUCUGGUAGACAUGCAUCUGGACUACCUGGACAGCUUCGUUGAGGCCUCCCCUUGGGCCCUUUUCCCCAAUUACUUUGGUGGCUCAGGGUUGGUGGUGGCAGGACAGAUUCAAGCAGGCAAGUGGUAACUGGGCAUCCAUCUGGCAGCCCAUGGCCUCAAGAGUCAGCUUCUUAUGGCCUGCCACAGUGAGGUGGCCACCAACAGAAGCAAGAAGAAAUUUGGUUUCUCAGAGGAGCCAGUCUACAAUAUAGCCCACUUCACCUGCGGUCUCUCGGCCAACCUCACCAUUGGAGAGUUGCUGGAGGCACACUUCCAAGCCCAUGACACCUGCACUCACCACCUUCUGGGAGCCAAAGUCCUCAAUCUGUCCCUUGAAUACAACUUUGUCACUCUUCUGACUUCACUAGUCAUGGUGUAGUCCAAGGAGGCAAAUGAGAAGGCCAGGAUACAGACUUGCACCACAGCUGGACCAGGCACCAUUAUGCCCUCAUCCACCAGCAGGUAUGGCCUAGGGACAGGCAUAGCCCAGCCAGCCUUGCACCAGGUCUCUCCCAAAUCAAGCCUUGUGAAACUAAGAUUCUGCUUAUUCUCAACUAUUCCUGCCUCUACAACAAUUAUGCCCAGUUACAAGGAGUGGGAGCCAUUGGUUCAGAGCACCACUACCCUUCCAGUACACCCAAAUCCCCUAAAUCCAGCACAACAGGAUUCUGGCACCUUGGUUCAGCUAACUCUCAGAACAAAAACUGCUGCUGUUGUGUCCUCAAAUUAUGGUGCCCUAUUGCUUCUGAAGCCCAGUGUACCAUCACACCAGAAUCCUGGUACCCUAUUACUCAUGAAUCCCAAGACAAAAGUCCCACAUGUAAAUCCUGGCACCCUAUCCCAGCACAAAGCUGACACUAUGAAACAUGUUAUUCUACUGCACUAUAAACCUGGUGCUCCAUAACAACCCAAACUGGAUACUUCAUCACACUUAAACCUAGUACUCAUAUCGCAGUCACCCAAAAACUUGCCACAGCACAAGCCUGGAGUCUCAACACUUCAGAUACCCAAAUUUCUACUACACAUUAGACCAAAGUUUACUUCUCACAAGACCCCACACAACCUGCCACACCCUAAACUCAGGAUCCUCUUACCUCAGACCCUUAAAAUCCCAUCACCUCUUACGAGUACCCCAUCUCCCCCAAAUUACCCAAGCUUAUCAUUUUCCAAACUUAGGACCCCAAUCUCCAAUAAACCCCAAACUCCAUUAUCCUCCAGACCUGCCAGACAUACACCACCUCCUCAGAAUCCAAGCACAUUCACAAGCACAACCUCAAGUCCCACAAGUCCCAGUAGUACCAUGACCACAUCUGUCCUUGGAGAACCCCGCCCUAUUCCCUUUAACCCCACCCUGCCCUCUGCUGCCCCCAGAAGGUUCUGGCAUCAGCAAGACCUGCUGCUGGGGCCCCAAAGCACCAGGCAAAUUCUGGGAAUAUCUGUGUCAGAAGCCCCAACAAUUAUCCUACCCAGAAGCUCCAGGCCUAUGCCAGAGGGCAGCUUCCCAAACCUGCCAGUCUUGUUAUCUUCUAGCACCUUCCCUGAAGUGGUCAGCCUACUCCAUCUCCCUGAGGAGCUAGAGCUGCUGUCCGAGGCAAUGUUUGUGGAGUCUUUGAACCCACUGGUUUUCUAUACAUUCCUCACUCCUGACAAAGAUGGAAAUCCACUUUAGGAUGACAAUUCUGAGGAGAUCCUAGGAGGAGCUGGAAGCAGCACAAAAUCUCAGAGAAGUUCUGUGGGGCUAGCAAAAAGUGAAAAAAAUUGUAUCUCCUGCCUUGCCGUGGAUGGGGACCUUCACUUUGUGAUCCACAUCCCACACUCAGAGGAGAGGAUCUCACUGGAUAGGCUCCCAGGGGACCUGCUACAGCUCACAGACAAUCCAAAGGCAGAACUGCAUGUGUAUGGAUGCCCACUUGGGGCACCACCAAGGCAAGACCACAAGGAGCAGAACACAUACUUCCAUGUUUUCAUUGUUACUACAGAUAAACCAGGGGCCUACAUUAUCACCAUCCUCCACAGUUCCAUAUCUGUGCAAGGCGAAAGUACCUUGCUCCUAUCCUAGGACCAGCCUGCUUUGCUGAAAAGGCCCCAGCUGGAGAUCCAUGUGAUUGCUACAGCCUGCCUUACCCUUCACCUUAGGCCCCACCUCGAGUUCCUUGUUCUCUGGUACUGCCACAGGCACCCCAGCACCCUGCAACUACCCCACCUGGAGUUCUAUGUGGUCAAUGUCUCAGGCCUCAGUCCCUUGACUCAUGGUCAGCUGAGGCAAUUCCAGCACACAGACAUCUGGCUGGUGGCAGGGCCUAUGGGGCAAAGCCUGCAGAGGCACCAAGAGCCAGGUGUGCCUGUAGUUCUAGAGAGGUUGAUGAAGGAAUCGCUGAGGCUGCUGCCCUGCUCGGCUUCCUGCUGGCUGGUGAAAUGUUCUCAUGUACAGCAGCUGCUGUGCUACCUUGCCUAUGUACUGUGA